AUGUCAGUGGUCUAUCAAGAGCUUGGCCCUCCAUUACUACAAGGUGUCUUGAAGGACCGACCUAUUCCGUCUGUAACGGAUGCUGGUCGUGGGUACUCCGUGUCGGCGACCCGAAGGAAACCUGAACCCUUGAAGGUACCUACCCGUAUGAUUGAAUCAUUGUCUAACUUACAAAAAAAGAAAACCCCCAGCAAGAAUUUGGUUAUGCCGCCAGAACCCCCUCUCCGAGGUCCCAACUGCCCUGAGGUUAACUUCGACGAUACCCAGGCUUCUCGCCAUAACGGUCGGAAGAAGCGAAACGCCAAGCGUAGACGCCGAAGGGAUCUCCAAAGGAAGGUUCACAAGAAGGUUCAGAGAGUUGUCGCCUCCGCCUUGCCGUGGCCUCGGUUGAUCGCCAUGUUAUCCGUCAAAGAGCCCUUGACCAACGACGAACUGGCUGCUGAUGGGCUACCGACAAGAAUGCCGAUUCCCGACUCUUGGCUACCCCCGGUUCCACGGCCUGGCGAUAUUGGAACGUUAUGGCCCCCGAGUGGAGUCACUACAGACGAUAUGGUCGACGAUGAUAUCUCUGGUGCCCUUAGAUUCGCGGUCCCCGACCUCACUGAUGAGGUCCCUCGUGUUAUACUUCCAUCUAUUGACCUUUCUGUAUAUCCCAAUAAAAAAAGGUUUGCUAAAUUAUGUAAUGAGUAUUCUGAUUUAUUUUCUUCCCGUCCUGGGAAAUGCGAUUCCGUUGAGCAUGCUAUACCAUUAAAGUCAGAUAAGCCCUUUUCCCAGAAACCACGACCGAUUCCCCACAAAUGGCGGGAUGAAGUCAAGAGUCUUGUGGAUAAACUGUUGGAAGAAGGAAUGAUUCGCCCUAGUACAUCUCCGUAUCGUUCGCCGUGCGUUUAUGUCCCUAAAAAGAAUGGCUCAGUGAGAAUGUGUAUCGACUUUCGUGCGUUGAAUGCCCUUACGGAGGUUGAUUCGUACACACUGCCUCGUCCUGAUGAUGUACAAGAGCACUUAGCGGGUUCGAAGGUGUUCAGUACACUUGAUUUACAGUCUGGUUAUUGGCAGUGCCUUCUUCGUCCUCAGGAUAUUCAUAAGACAGCUUUUUGCCCUGGCCCUGGUUUUCCGCUCUAUGAGUGGGUCCGCAUGCCCUUCGGACUCUGCUCCGCUGGAGCCACCUUUCAACGUCUGAUGGACCAAGUACUUAAUGGACUACCCUUUGUUCGGGUCUAUCUAGACGACAUCCUCGUGUUCUCGCCCGAUGCUGAGACUCACGAAGACCAUUUGAGACAAGUCUUCGCACGCCUGCGUGCGUGGGGCUUGACGUUGUCCGCCGAGAAGUGCGAGUUCGGUUGCCCUUCUGUGCCCUAUUUAGGACACAUUUUUGACGGGAACGGUAUGAGACCGGAUCCGACUAAGGUAGAGGCAAUCUUAAGAUGGCCUCGCCCCGGUAAUGUUGCAGAAGUAAGGUCCUUUUUGGGUCUCGCCGGCUACUACCGUAACUUCGUCCCUAACUUCUCGGACGUGGCACGACCAAUUCAACGGCUGGUGUCGGAGGUCGGAAGUGAAACUUUGGCUUUGGAUACCUACUGGGGACAAGAGCAAGAGGAGUCCUUCCGGGCCCUCAAACUUCGUCUCGCAGCCCUGCCCUUCCUAGCUUACCCUGAUUUCGGUACCCCCUUCGAGCUCUAUACUGAUGCAAGCGACUAUGCCAUUGGAGCUGUCCUUAUGCAAGAAGGAAGGCCCUUGGGAUUUUUCAGUAGGACGUUGACGGGCUCCCAGCUCAAUUGGCAUACAUACGAGAAGGAAGCAUACGGUAUUCUACAAGCCCUGAUUUACUUCCAACACUACCAUAUCGGCUACCCCUUGACGGUUACGGUAUACACAGACCACGAGCCCUUGACCUGGCUAGCUAAAGCCGGCUCAAAGAAGCUGGAGCGAUGGCUUUUGGCCAUGCAGGCGUAUUCGUUCAUAGUGAAAUAUGUACCAGGUAAGAAAAAUGUGUGUGCUGAUGCUCUUUCCAGGAUACGCCAGCUCGACGACGAUACCCUACCGAUGGAGCCGAUGGAGUCAGAAACCCCCGCGACAAAGCCAACCAAGGACGUUGACACUACCCGUACCCUUGUAUCGGUUGUAGCCGCUCGUCGACAAUUAGCUGCUUGUAUAACGGCAUUGUCGGCACGGUGGUCGAUCGACGAUAUAAGGCGAGAGCAGGAUAGUGACGACAUGACAAGGAAGGUAAAGGAACGUCUGUCGGAUCCGUUGCCCUUACGUAGGACCGAAUUGACCGACCUCGCCUUCCGCCCUUAUAAGCAGCUGUGGAAUCAACUGGAUGUGCUAGAUGGCCUACUUAUACGCCGUCGCAAGUUCGAUAACGAACGAGAACCCCGGUUCCUACCAGUGAUACCACCUGCCCUGAGAUCUGAUGUUGUGGAUGCCUACCACAAGGAAGACGGUCACUUCGCCGUACGCAAGACUCUCGACAAGCUCAAGUUGCAUGCCUAUUGGCCCGGGAUGGGCACCGAUCUCCUCAACCACGAGAAGACAUGCCCUAGAUGUACUCAGGUCAAGGCAACGGUACCUCGAGCCCCCUUAGGAGUUAUGCCUAUCGGCAAACCCUGGGACUUAAUUGCUAUCGACCACUUGAAGGUGCCCCCCAAUGAUGAUAAUAUUCGUUCACUAUUGGUUGUCCAAGAUUAUUUCACACGGUGGGCUACGGCCAUACCGGUGAAGUCCGAGGAUACCACCGAAGUGGUAAGAGCCCUUUCAGAUCUUUUUAGCAUCUUUGGGCCCCCUGGUCGUGUGCAUAGUGACCAAGGCCCUGCGUUUGAGUCGAAUGCCCUUAAGAUUGUCCUUGAGCGUUUAGGAGUUGAGAAAAGCCAUACCACACCGUAUCACCCUUCGGGUGACGGCUUGGUUGAGCGCUUUAACCGAUCAUUGAUUGGCCUCCUCCGGACUCAUGUGACCGACUCUCACCAAUGGCCUAUGUACCUUCCUUCUUUAUUGUGGCACUACAACAGUUCUGUUCACUCAGCGACUAGGUUCGCCCCGUUCACAUUAAUGUUCGGUCGUGAACCGAAGUCUGUCUUUUUGCCAUCGUUGCAGGCCCUUGAUCAGUUCUCCUUCGACCCAUUUGGGUAUAACGAGUACGUCAAGGCCCUCUCAAUCCACCUCGAGGAUCUUGUUGACCUCGCCCACGCCUCCGCCUCUGCUGCAGCCCAAGCUUACUACGACAAGAAGGCCACUGCUCGUCAAUUCUAUGUUGGACAACGUGUACUAGUACGACGUCUUGGCCCUCAAACCGGAAAUAAGCUUGAACCUAAGUGGAGCCCCGGUUGGUUUGUGGUUGGUCAGAUGCCUGGCCAAGAGAAUAAGGUUCUCAAGCUCAAGCACCAAGAGACGCUUCAAGUUCGUGUUCUGUCAGCUGAUUAUGUCGCUAUCGACCCCCUUCAGCCCGACGCCGUUCCUGACGCCCUUGGUAUUAUGCGACAAGAUCCACUACUUCGUGCUGGAUCACCCUUGCCCGACCCCGAUCUCAACAACGCCCCCGGUCCUGAACCCCCUGUACGACCCGAUGUCAUUACAGACAAUGUGAGUCCAGGAGAUGGUUACCCUGUGGACCCCCUGGCCGGCCCUGAGAUACCCCCCGACCCUGAUGCUUUAUUAUGGAUUGAAGUCGACUUCCCACAACCACAACCACGAAACUCAAGAUAA